GUUCCCGACCCACACUCCCAUCUCUCUUCUCGCAUCCCCGCCGCCAAACAAGCGAUCUCUUGCCCUCAAGUUUCCGACAGAUCAGGAAAUCAAAAUUAGCUUUUGCAGAUUGUGGUUUUGGCUUGUUAUAAGCUAGUCAAAGUGAAUACAGAAAAAGAAAGAGGAUGAAAUCAGUUGUGGGCGUUGUUGUAUCAAAUAAAAUGCAGAAAUCAGUGGUAGUGGCAGUGGACAGGCUCUUCCACAACAAGCUUUACAACCGCUAUGUUAAGCGCACCUCCAAGUUCAUGGCUCAUGAUGAAAAAGAUCAAUGCAACAUUGGUGACAGGGUUAAAUUAGACCCUUCUAGGCCAUUGAGCAAGCGUAAGCAUUGGGUUGUUGCUGAAAUUCUCAAGAAAGCUAGAAUCUAUAUGCCUCCAUCGGUGGAUACAGUUGCAAAUGCAAGUACCAAGAAUGAAGCCCCGCUUUCUUCAACCUCUUAAAGGUUCUGCUCUACUUCAUUGUACUUGGUUGUAAAAAUAAAGUUUAUGAUUUACAUCGAGAAGAUCCCUUUACUGUAUUUGUUUUGCUUAUGAGCAAUGAUUUUGUUAAUGAAGGUUGGUAUUUGUGGAAACAUUUCUGUUCCAUUGCGUUGCAUCGUUAUAUAGUUUUAAAAUAUCAGGGCAGUCAUUUUGACUGAUGUUUGAGAGCUGUUAGCAAAUAUAAUGUUCCUAUUGC